CACCCUCCUUCCACGAGCUUCUGAAAAGUCAACUCUCGUCUCUCUCUCACACAAUCAUCCCGUGCCUCGCGUCGCACCUGAUUACUAUAUAUGUUUCCAUUUGCUGUUUUUUAUUUAACUUUAUUUUAUUAAACCCGCGAAGAACUAAACAUAACUUCAGACAAGUUCAUCAAAAAAUUCCCGAAGAAGACGAAGACUAAUUUUUACAAUAUUUUUUCCUGAUAACAAAGUCUCGGAGAGUGAAGCCUCCAUUGAAUGAGAUUGUUUCUCGUCAACUUAACCAAUUUCAGGACAUGGCAAACCGAACAGAAAAUCCACUACGCUGUUCGACUAGUAAAAAAUCGAAUGACAGAUUGAUGCUCAUAAUAGGGACUUGCGCAGGAAUUGUUAUCGGAUUUUUAUUAGGAACAUCUUUCCCUGCAUCGUCACUAACUAAAAUGAAUAUUUCAUCAACCAUAGUUCCUCCUGUAAAUACUGUUCAUGGUGAAGAUGAGAAACCGGAGAAGUCAGCUACAAGGAGUCCUCCAUCAAAAGGGAUUAAUUCAAGUGAUGCAGCAUUUCACAAGAUUUGGGUUCCAUCGAAUCCUCGAGGUGCAGAGAUGUUGCCUCCAAGUAUUGUUGAAGCUGAAUCAGAUUUUUACUUGAGAAGAUUGUGGGGAUUGCCUAAAGAUGAUUUACCAGAGGUGAAGCCGAAGUAUCUUGUUGCUUUUACCGUUGCUUAUCAACAGAGGAACAACAUCGAUGCUUGCAUCAAGAAAUUCUCAGAUAACUUCACUAUUGUUCUGUUUCAUUACGAUGGAAGAGCCUCGGAAUAUGAUGAAUUUGAAUGGUCUAAACGGGCGAUACACGUGAGUGUACCUAAGCAAACUAAGUGGUGGUAUGCUAAAAGGUUUCUGCAUCCUGACAUUAUAGCACCAUAUGAAUAUAUAUUCAUUUGGGAUGAAGAUCUUGGUGUUGAAAACUUCGAUGCAGAAGAAUACAUCAAGCUUGUAAAGAAGCACGGUCUAGAAAUAUCGCAACCCGCUGUGGAAUCAAGAAAAACCAUCACGUGGAAGAUAACAAAGAGAAUACCCGGAAUCGAAGUUCACAGAGAAGUCGAAGAGAAAUUAGGCCGAUGCAAUGACCCUCACUUACCACCUUGUGCAGGGUUUAUAGAGAUUAUGGCUCCGGUUUUCUCAAGAGAUGCGUGGCGUUGCGUGUGGCAUAUGAUUCAGAACGACUUGGUUCACGGUUGGGGUCUUGACUUUGCGCUAAGGAAAUGUGUCGAGCCUGCACAUGAGAAGAUUGGUGUUGUGGAUGCACAAUGGAUUAUUCAUCAAAAGAUUCCUUCUUUAACAAGCCAGGGAACCGCGCAAGAGGGUAAAUCCGCGUUCCAAGGGGUAAGGGAGAGAUGUAAAAGGGAAUGGACAAUGUUUCAGAAAAGAAUGUCUCGAUCAGAGCAGAAGUAUCUGAAAGACAUUGCUUCUGCGUCUUCAAAAUCUACACUUACUUAAACCAAAAUCAGAGGAGGAACUGAAUAAAAAGUUUAGUGUUACAGAUAGCAAUUCCAGGAAGAAGAAAAAUAGAAUGUUGAUAUGAUGAUUACGAUUAUAGAGCACAUAUCCAAAUACACACACACACACAAUUACAUAGCUUUUGUUUCUUUUGUUCUUGAAACAUUCUUGUAGUCUUGAAACAUUCUUGUAGUCUUAAAACAGUGAAAUGAAGUUCGUUACAAACUUUUCAUUUCUACUUUAAAUUUUAUUGACAUUAAAAAUUAUCUUCAUUUCAGAAUGUGGCGGCAAACUAAUUUCUUAUUGCUACUUGUACAACAUAAUAUAGUGCAAUUUUAU